GAUGCAAGUUCAAAAUGAGCCAGUGCCAAACACACACAAAAUGAACAUAAAUCUAUUUUGAGGCAACUAUUCAACAUCCCUGAAAAUAAAAUGAACCAUACCUUUAUUGACAGUUAGUUUUUUCCCAAUGUUUUCACAAAGGUUGUUCUUAGGUACCAAAAAUGAAGGAACAAUCAUACAUUCUCAGAGAAUAACACAAAUGAUCCUAUUAUGAAUCAACGUGCAGUGAGCAAAGAGAACACCAUCAGUCAUUUUUCCAAGGAUAUGGACCGAGAAGAUUUAGUUUCUAUUUUAUAAAAACAAGAAAAGAGCAAAUCCGCUAUCAUUUCAACUCCCUUGUACUGAAAUAGAAAAGCAAGAGAAAAACAUUGCAGUUUACAGUAUACUAUUAGCACAUUUAGAAUUUUUGAAAAAUACAGGAUAAAGCACCACUUGCACUAGGCUUUAUACAGAUUGACAUAUAUCCUAUAGAUUCUCAGAGAGUCUGGCUUCUCAUCACCCAAAUUCUUGAAAACAGUAAUCUGGACUUAAAACAGCAUCUGCUUGUAAGACUGUAAGUCGUUCUUUUAUCUGAGUUUUUUACUUCAUUCUUCAGCUCAUCAGCAUUGAGUAAUUUAGUAUAAUUAUUGGUUAUUUGGCACUUGACAACUGAUAACUGUGUUUGAUAGCCAAUUCAGUUUGCAGUAUUCUAACUGGCUGCUGGUAUUUUUCAUUUGUGCAUUAGCAGCUAUUUUCUUCAUAUAUGGCUACCAAGUAAUUGAGAUUAGCAUUGAUGGUAACCAGCGAACACAUGUAUGAGACAGAUGGAAGGAGGGGGAGGGCUUCCAGAUGCUAGCAAUGUUAGCACUGCAUGCACAUAGCAGUCAUUGAAAAAGUGAUUAAAAACAGACCCAGCAAACGUUGUCAAGAGCAAAAAGAUAUGACAGCUAUCACAAGAAUAAGACAUUCGAUAUCAGAUCGCAAAACAAUAUCCCAGAGAUAUGUAUCAUUGAAAUCACGCCAAAAAUAAUUCAAUGCAUAAUUUCAUACCAACUAAUGCCCUUACAUUUUUAAGAGGUGCACAUAAUAAGAAAAAAGUUACUAACACACGACCCCUUUUGUAGUGUACUUUGAGUCUUUGAGGCCUCGAGGUACUAUCACAAUCAACGAUAUCAAGCACUAGUUGGUGACUUUCCCCUGGAAUAAUGAAUCAUGUGAUGCUAAAAGGAAUGAAUGGAUUCGCAUUAACAUAAAAGCCACCCAAACCCUUUUGGGAACACUUUGCCCUGGAGGUGCCCUAUCAAGUGAUGAUACCAAGUACCAAUGUGGUUGUUCAACUCGCUGGUAGAUUAGCCAGUUGUACAAUGUAGAAAUUGCAGUUAUAAGUUUCAGAUAAGGUACCAAUGUGAUCUCCAUAUGCCAAGCAACAUGUGAGAUCCAGCAAAACAACAAAGUGGAAGUGCACAAGAGAUAAGUAAUGGUUUCAAUUAAGAAAUGCACAGCAAAACAACACAUAUGAACAUAAAAAUCUAAAUAGGUAUGGCAACUACAAUUAGGUGGAAGUGUUUCUCAUAUAUGUGGAUGGGUCUAAAGUACCCAAAACUAAUAAUAAUUAGCCCUAAAAUCAAAAGCAAUUAGGUAGUGCUAGGGGUGCAGAUUGUUGAACCUACGGGUGUCCACUGUUUGUGCCCCUGAUGUACAGUAACUAGGUCCAGCCCGUGGUCACUUCAGACAGUACAAAUCUUCGAGUGGUGCUACUUGCAUGAGCAGCAAUAGGAAACCUGUGAUUCGAGGUUUCCAUAUCAGCAGCAAUAGGAAACCUGUGAUUCAGGUGGUUUUCAUGGAGUACCUAACAAAAAAGCAGGUAGCCACUCUUGCAGGCAAGUUACCCCACAGAUACAGUAUCGUAUUCUGCAGAGCAUGGAGAAAUUCCACACUUUCCACUCAGUUCUACUCAGCACAUAAACCGCAAUCAGAGUGCCCCCCCAUGACUUCAACACUCACCACCGGCCACUGGGAAAAAAAAUCAUCAGAUUGCUUCCAUCACAGCCAACCACUUCCCACCGGCACCUAAACAUUCCUAGAUAACGGCCAUAUAAGUUACCCUCCCCAGAAUAAUCCCUGUCGAGCACGAUCACGACCACAUAGCCACCACUGGCCAUGGAGGACUGGCUCUUCUACUCUCUCACCAUGCUGCUCUGCCUCCUCUGCUCGCUCCUGCUGCGUGCCCGUGCCCGCAGUCCAAGCAAGAUCAAUGCCACCGACGAAUCCCUCCCUCCUCUCCCACCCGGUCCGGCGCCACUGCCGGUGGUGGGCCCGCUCCUCUUCCUAGCCCGCCGUGACUUCGACAUGGAGCCCAUGCUCCGUCGCAUCACGCGGGAGUACGGUCCGGUCUUCACCUUCGCGCCACUCGGGAAGGCGCGUCCCACCAUCUUCGUGGCAGCCCGUGGGGCUGUGCAUCGUGCGCUUGUGCAGCGCGGAGUGAUGUUCGCCUCCCGCCCGCCUGUGACAGCCUCGGGCAUCGUGCUCACUAGUGGGGGCCGCAACAUCAGCUCCUCCCCCUACGGCACCACGUGGCGUACGCUGCGGCGGAACCUUGCAGCGGGUGUGCUCAACCCGGCACGACUCCGGGCAUUCUCCCCCGCACGGCGGUGGGUGCUUGACAUCCUUGUCUCCCGUGUCCGCACGGACGGAGGGAACGGGGAACGCCCUGUCACCGUGAUGGAGCCGUUCCAGUACGCCAUGUUUUGCCUCCUGGUGUACAUGUGCUUUGGCGACCACCUCGAGGACGCGCGCGUGCGAGACAUCGAGGCCACACAGCGGGAGCUGCUCAGCAACUUCCUCAGCUUCCAAGUCUUCUCCUUUGUGCCGGCGGUCACCAAGAUCGUGUUCCGACGGCGAUGGGAGAAGCUCAUCUUGCUGCGGCGGCGGCAGGAAGAGCUUUUUGUACCGCUGAUUCAAGCAAGGAGGGAGGCUGGUGCAGACGGAGACUGCUACGUGGAUUCCAUGGUGAAGCUGAUCAUCCCCGAGGACAGCGGCAGAACGCUCACGGACGACGAGAUCGUGAGCCUCUGCUCCGAGUUCCUUAGCGCUGGCACCGACACCACGGCCACCACACUGCAGUGGAUCCUAGCGAACUUGGUCAAGAACCAAGCAAUGCAGGAUAGGCUGCGGGACGAGGUGGCUAGCUCCGUCGGUGCCAAUGGCAAGGUGCGAGAGGACAACCUGCAAGCGAUGCCGUACCUCAAGGCUGUGGUGUUGGAGGGGCUCCGACGCCAUCCACCGGGCCACUACGUGCUCCCACACGCCGUGCACGAGGACACGACGUUGGACGGGUACCGUGUGCCCGCUGGCACACCUGUGAACUUUGCGGUGGGCGACAUCGGCCUAGACGAGGAGGUGUGGGAUGCACCCUCGGAGUUUCGGCCGGAGCGGUUCCUACCCGGCGGGGAAGGGGAGGAAGUGGACCUAACGGGGAGCAAGGAGAUCAAGAUGAUACCAUUCGGUGCCGGGCGGAGGGUCUGCCCUGGCAUGGCGCUGGCGCUACUACACCUCGAGUACUUCGUAGCCAACCUUGUGAGGGAGUUCAAGUGGCUCGAGGCCGAUGGCGAAGACGUGGACCUCACUGAGAAGCUCGAGUUCACUGUGGUCAUGAAGCGGCCGCUCAAGGCCAGGGCCGUGCCGUUGCGAUCACCGUCUGUUGUUGCAGCUGCUUGAUAGAUCAAGCUUACUCUUCUCUCUAGCAUGGGAAUGGAUUGGGAAGAGUGCGCAUCUCCUUACCAUUACAUAUACCCAACGAUUAUGGUAAUCAAAUUAAGUUUCUCUUGUUCUUUUGGGUGUGUACUAGCAGUCAUAGCAACCUUAAGCUCAAUUAGUUUGUACAAUAAGGCAGCAACUAGUAAAUAUUUAGUACACUAGUACGAAGCAUUAUUUAUAGAGGGCAUUCAGCUAUGUUAAAUGGAAUGCAGCAGCAACAUCAUCCAGCCAAUAGGGAGCUCUUAUGGUCCUGGUGUGUAUCGCGUACUCUCCAUUGCCAUGAUUUGUUUGCAUCACCAUCCUCACUCAUGCCAAUGCCACGCAUCAUGAUUAUAAGCUGAGGUCCAUUGGCCUUGGCGAAAAGAAACUAAUAAAAAGAGAAAGGGCCCGGUUUUGUGGUGGUAGAAAAAGGGACUGAAUGUAUUACCUCUGCUCCUAAAUAUUUGAUGUUGAACUAACCGUCAUCAAAAGGGAUACAGUAUGUGUGGUUGGGCCAAGGUUGCUUAUAGCACAGUAGACAGAACUAUUAUAUGCAAAC